AUGGGCGUUCGAGGUCUUGACCCCUACCUACGCGAACGUAAACUCUUCCAAACAUGCCCUCUCGCCGCGCUCUCUGGCUCCCGACUGGGUAUCGAUGGCGUUCAUUAUCUCAAAACCCUCCUUUCCGAGGUUGAUACUCGUGAACCCUUGGUCGCUUCGACCGGAGGACUCCCUCUGGCCAUUACAGCGCGUAUCGAGUCAAACUUACGAGCCUUGGAAUCCCUCCGAAUCAAGCCUGUCUUUGUAUUUGCCGGUCUCCCCAUCGCUCAGCGUCCUCCGCCCAAAGGGAUGGAUCCGGUGGGGGAGAGAGAAUUGCAAGUCAAGAAUGAGGCUUGGGGUCAUUACGAAAGUGGAGAUGUCGCUAGGGCUAUCCAGACAUUAACUACGGUUCGAGGAGGCGCUUGGACCGAUUGGAGAGACCUGUUGAGAUCCGUGUUGAGGAUCUUUAGGCACAGGUUCACGGAAUAUGUGAUCUCGCCGUAUCUCGAGAGCGCCCAGCUUGCAUACCUUAUGAAACACCCCAAAGGGUACAUUCACGCCAUGUACGCUUCUACCGAAUCGCUAUUAUGGCCUGUGGAUCGCGUCAUUACCCAUAUCGAUUGGGCAAAUCACACCAAUAUGACGUUCAUCGACAAACCUCGUCUCGUCGCGGAUGUCGGACUGAACGCUGAUCAAUUCCUCGAUGUGUGCAUUUUGGCAGGUUCAGCCAUCAGUCGGACGUUCCCUCCGUUUGCCAGUGACUUCUCUCUCAAGACGAUCUUGGACCUCGUCAGGCAAUAUAAAUCUGGAAUUGCGGUAUGUCAGGCUUGGAGGCAGGACAAUCAAGUCAAAGCUCUGGGAUACAUUGAUUCCUUUAUGCGAGCUCGAUUGGCCGUCAAGUACAGCUUGGUCCUGACGACGGAAGGGAUCUGUAUGCCAUUACCAAUGGUCGUUCAGCCCGCUGCUGCUCCUCCUCCAGUCACGCUUGCCGAUAUUCCAGCCGACUUUGACGAGAUAUUCUCUCUUCGCCUACCCGAUGAGCUCUACUACCAUAUCUGUCGAGGACUGAUCAGUCCACAAGUCGUCGGAUGGUUGUCGAGCGGAUUGAUCGUCGAGUCUCAACCUUUGGCAGAUUCACCAGAUUACAGGCGAUUCAUCAAGGAUGUCAUCACAGAGGGCCACACAGCGCCUAGAUGUACAACACUGGCUCUAUUGGUGGAUGCUCUGCACCCGCAGUGGAAGCAGCGACGCGUGUCCGCACACUAUUACUAUGAACCGCCUUUCGCGCCCAUUCACGGAUCCACUGUCCCCUUUACCGAUGUCAUGACGCAGUCGCUGGUCGACAAGUGCUCUUCCUGGCAAGUCCCCUCGUCACACCUAGAGAACGAGCUACGAAGGCAGAAUUCCUCCACUAUCGAUAUCAAGUUGUGCAUAGGGGCUCUUUCGUCCGAAGAGCUGGCGGCCCAGACCAAGCUCGGUAAACCAAGUCGACCGAUGGACAAGAAGGACGAGAUUGUCGCGAAUGUCAUCUGGCGUUUCCUUGAUGUCAGAGGCUUUGUCGCUCCGAACCACUCUCAGACUCUCAUGGGCAAAGCCCUCCACGCCGCUUGUUCCCAAUCUCGUGUCACAGAUCGGUUCCAGGAAUCCCUUUACCUCGUUCUGGAGCUGCUGCGAGCCGGCGUUGUCCAUGGACAACGAUGGGGUUCGGCUGAUGAGGAGCCAUUGUCUGGUGGACCAACCUCUGGCACAGAGGAGGAGCAAGCGAGUACCCUGUUGAUUAUGAGAGUGUUGUCAGUGUUGCCAUUGUCAUUCAGGCCACAACAAUGGGCUGGUCCGUUGUCUCGCGAGUUACUAGUGUUCAAUUCAUUCGUACGCGCCUUGAGCAAGUCUUUGAGAGCCCUGCUCGAGGCCAUCACGGUUCAUAUCCUGUUAUGUGGAGAUGCCCGUCGAAAUAGGGACGACCACUUGGAUUUGAUGCUUAGUCAACCGUUCCAAGGGGAAGUCAACACUGGCUUUGGUAUUCUCGCCAAGACAUAUCUCGACGUGGCGACGUUUCAUCUGGGCGAAGAUGCUUCCUUCACCGAAAGCAACACGUCUACCCCUGAAGUCAUCAGUGCCAAGCAGAAGGCUAUGGAGUUCCUCGAAUCAUCGUUCACGAGCAUCAAGCUGCCUGCACAGGAGGUCGAGCGGGGUUUCAGGUUCUGGGAUGCGGUCAUGAUCGCCAUUCGGACUUUGGCCAAAGAGCAAGGCCCCAGCCCAGGUGUCGCCAUUGCCAUCACCAGCCCAGCUGUCAUUGAGGCAUUUGAAAAGGCUGACAAGUGGUUGAAGCCGAUGCGGCCGUAG